AUGAAAUUGAGUUGCAAUGGGUGUCGCGCACUUCGCAAAGGAUGCAGUGAAGACUGCAUCAUCAAGCCUUGCCUUGAGUGGAUCAGUUCCCCUGAAGCCCAAGGUCAUGCCACGCUCUUUCUUGCCAAGUUUUAUGGCCGAACUGGCUUGCUCAACCUCCUUGCUAACGCUACCAAUCAAAAGGCCCAAGUUGUGUUCAAGUCAUUGUUGUACGAGGCUGCAGGUAGAUUGGUGAAUCCCACACAUGGAGCGCUAGGUUUAUUUUGGAUAGGACAAUGGAGCCGAUGUGAAGCUACAGUUGAAUCUGUGCUAACCGGAUCAAAUAUUAAUGACGUUACAACUGUUGAUGGGCAAACAUCAUCAGGCACACUCAUUCCUGAAAAUCAUGUUCUUCCAACAACCUCUGAUAUACGCCAUGUGGCAAGAGGUACCAAUGUGGACAUCAAAGAGAAAACUCAAUUCAAGAGAGCUGGGUCAAUUUUCAAGCCUAAGCCGCGAGUUGGUUGGGCCGACAAUGCUACACUUUUGAAAUCAAUUUUAGAGAAUGGCAGCCUGAAAAUUGUCGAGGCUUCAUCGAUGAUCGAGAAAGAGCUGAAUGGAGCUGCUGAAACUCAAGUGAACUUCGAACUCACUCUUGGCUUCAAUUGUCAAUCAAGCAAUGACAAAAAAUCAUAUGAUAAUUAA